AAAUGGAGGCGGCAGCAAGGACGGCUACAAUAAAGGCGGGUUUGGUGCCGGCGGCAGCGGCGGUGGUGGUGGUGGCGAAAUGGUUACGCAAGAAGAUACAAUUUUUGUCUCUGGUAUGGAUCCCUCAACCGAUGAAUUGGCCAUCGAAACCCAUUUCGGUGCGAUCGGCAUUAUAAAGAAAGAUAAGAGGACAAUGAAGCCUAAAAUUUGGUUGUACAAGCACAAAGACACCGGGCUCUCUAAAGGGGAAGCUACUGUAACCUAUGAUGAUACUAAUGCUGCCCAGUCGGCGAUCGCUUGGUUUGAUGGACGCGAUUUCAAUGGCUGCUCGAUUAAAGUUUCUUUGGCACAGCGCCAAAAUAAUUGGAAAGGAGGUCGCGGUGGUGGUAGCGGCGGCGGUGGUGGUUUUGGUGGUCGUGGCGGACCCGGUGGUGGUCGUGGUGGAGGCGGCGGCGGCCGAUUUGAUCGCGGUGGUGGCGGCGGCGGUGGACCGGGUGGGGAUUACGAUUCGGGACGAGGCGGUGGCGGCGGCGAUCGUGGAGGUCGUGGCAGAAUGGGUGGUGGCGGCGGUGGAGCCGGUGGCGGUGGUGGCGGUAAUGUACCACAACGCGAAGGUGAUUGGAAGUGCAGCAGUUGCAAUAAUACGAACUUUGCUUGGCGUAACGAAUGCAAUAGAUGCAAGGAGCCGAAAGGCGAUGCAGGAAAUGAAAGCGGUGGCGGCGGGGGCGGUUACAGCAGUGGAGGUGGCGGUUAUGGUGGCGGUGGUGGAGGUGGCUUCGGCAGCGAUCGCGGCAGUGGUGGUGGCGGUUAUGGCAGUGAUCGUGGUGGUGGCGGCGGUGGCUAUGGAAAUAGAGACCGCGGAAGUGGUGGUGGCGCCGGUGGUGGUGGGGGCUUCAACCGUUUUGGUGGUGGUGGACGCGGUGGUGGUGGCGGCGGAGGAGGCCGUGGAAUGGGCGGCGGUCGUCGCGAUGGCGGUGGUGGUGGUGGCCCUGCUAGAGGAGACGGUGGCAAUCGGCCUAGACCCUAUUAACUGUCGUUUGGUUCGUUUACCGGUUUUACGUUAUAUGUGUAUUUAACUUUAGAAAACAUUUUUUUAAGUAAAGCGAAUAUGUUGUAAAAUGAUCAUAAUUACAUAUUACAGCUACACUCAAAUAUCAACAGUUUGUAAAGAAAGUAUGGAACAUGUAUUAAAAAGUAUAAUGACGAAUGUAUAUUACGAUAUACCAAUUACUUUCCAAAUAAACAAUCGUCGGAAUGUUUUAAUUUCAAUGACAAAAUAAUAUA